UGCUGAAAAUGACUCCGAAAGUGUGUGUCGCUUUAUUCAUCGUACUGAGUGUACUGCUAAGCGGGGCAUUAAGUCUAACUUGUUCUGAUUGUACCUAUACGUAUAAUUCUAUACUACCGGAUACCUUAAGAUGUGAUGUUAACAUACAUUCGAAACGUUGUUCCAGAAAUGAAGUGUGCUACACUAAAUACACCAAGAAGUUUCUUCGCGUCACUGUGUCAAUCGGGUGCAUGAAUAAACUGGAAUGCGCUGCACAACACUCAAAGAAUGACCGCUGGUGUAAAAGAAAUGAUCCAAGUUCUACUCGAACAAGCUGUACAUUUUGCUAAGAUAGUGUAGUGCAGUGCAGUGCAGAUUUGUGUAGCUGUAAAUUUGAAAAAACAAACAAACAUGUAAUGAUCAUUGGUUGGAGCGAUGUUUUGUUUUAUUAUUUGUUGUGCCAUAUCAUAAAUAAAUGUAUCAAUA